AUGACGCGCCUUCAAGAAGCACUGGGUUUGAUUGGUUUGCGGAAUCCAGUUGCCGAAGGUGCUUCCUGCUUGAUGAAGAAACGGUGUAGUUCACCUGUGGAGGUCACCACCUCGGACAACACUGCUGUUAUGCAAGUUAUGGUGGAGGAGAAUGCACGGGGAACAGUGGAACAAAUAGCGAAACCUGUCGGGAUCUCAUCAAUCCCAAAGAUUCUAUUUGUGAAGCUCGGCUUUAGAAAGGUUUACGCGAUCCAGGUACCUCAUCAGCACGACGAGAAAAAGAAAGUAGUUCGAGUGAAUUGGUGCCGCACCGUGGUUGCCAGAUUCGAUGGUGGACGUUCCGAUGCAGUUUGGGAGAUUAACAGUGGUGAUGAGACCUGGGUGUACAAAAGCGCAGUCACUGUAGACUGGUGGGCCAUCCAUUAUCUGCCGAAAUCUCUGGAAGCUAUUGCCAUACCAAAACCUCGAGCCCGAGGGGCCUUGCUGCAUCAUGACAAUGCACCAGCACACAGGUCACAUGUCUUCGGUGAGUUUCUGCCAAGAGAACGCGUUCAGAAGAUUGGUUGCCCACCCUACAUUCCAGAUGUGGAUUCAUGUGACAUUUUGUGCAAACGAGAUGGCAAACGCAUGAUGCGUGGAAUCCUAUACGAGUCACCGACAGCUGCAGUGGAAGCCUUCACUGAACUGAUCUAA